CUGAUUUCGGUGGACUUAGAGGAGCUUAUUGCUUUUGGUAUUAAACAGGAAGUCAAGGGCGGUGUCCCAUACAGAAGAAGAACGGGAUCUCCAAAGCAAUAUGUCACUUAUUCAUGUUCGUAUCCCCUAUGCAAGGCAAAAUUUAGGGUUGAAGAACAAAAUGGAGUGUUUACUAUAAGCAAAGUUAAUGAAGAACAUUGCCAUCAUAUAGGAGUUGAAAUGGGUUCACAUUACGCGAGUAAAUUUUAUCAAAAAUGGAUCGAACUUUAUAUUAAAAACGGUGGAAAGCAAUUUCUUGCUCAAAAAGCAUUUUUUGAUAAGUUCGGAAUUGAUACGAAUAACAAAGAAACGAUGAAACUUUUCGCGCAGUCUACUGAUGCUUUAAAGCACAAAUUUUAUCGCCUUGAUGAGAUUAUUGCACAAAGAUUAUCAAACGAUCCUUACACUUCUUUGAAGCAUUUUUGA